AUGGCAAAUUGGUACUUUAAUUGGAGCGCCUUUAGGAAUUGCUUUAAUUGCUGGAUUGGCUGUUCCAGGCAUUAUUUGUGGUGUUCCUAUAUUUAUUGGAAGGAAGACAUAUCAACGAUUUUCUAAUUUAUCUAGAACUAAAAGGCAAUUGGUAAUUUUUUCAAUUUUUUUUUAAAUUGUAUUGGGCAAAUAUGACGAAUUAUUCAGGGGAUUCAUGGGUCUACUAUUAGAGUUUACGGGUCUGGAAAUCCGGAUACUUAAAAUUUUGGUUGGGAUAUCAUAUUCAGAUAGCAGGGGAGUUGCCAAGAUCCGUUAACCUUAAAUUAACGUUUUUAUGUUUUUGUGGUGUAGUGGGUUGUGUUUCAUAUU